CGGAUAUUUGGUAUCGAUCAGGGCGGGGGGCGCGGGAGCAGGUGGCUGCGGCGGGGCAGCUGGGCCGCCAGCCUGGUGCGCCGGAGCCGGUUUCCCUCUGCCUUUGUCGGCAGCCCUUGCCCUGCCCCUCCCCUGCUCCCGGCCCGCGCGUGCUGUCGGCCGGAUUUGCGUCGGGCGCUGCUCCUGCGCGGGGGCAGACCUAGGUGCCGGCGGCGGCGGGGAAGCGGGUGGCCAGGGGCAGCCAGGACCCCGGUCCAUCAUGGCUGAAGUCAGCAUCGACCAGUCCAAGCUGCCUGGAGUCAAGGAAGUGUGUCGAGAUUUUGCAGUCCUAGAGGACCACACGCUGGCCCACAACCUGCAGGAACAAGAGAUUGAGCAUCAUUUGGCAUCAAACAUUCAGCGGAACCGUUUGGUCCAGCAUGAUCUCCAGGUGGCUAAGCAGCUCCAAGAGGAAGAUCUGAGAGCUCAGGCUCAGCUUCAGAAGCGCUACAAAGACCUUGAACAACAAGACUGUGAAAUUGCUCAGGAAAUCCAGGAAAAGCUGGCUAUUGAGGCAGAGAGACGCCGCAUUCAGGAGAAGAAGGAUGAGGACAUAGCCCGCCUUUUGCAAGAAAAGGAGUUACAGGAAGAGAAGAAGCGAAAGAAACACUUUCCAGAGUCCUCUGGAGCCAAUGCUUAUGGAGAGAGUUACUACUAUGAAGAUGGAGACCAGCCACGGUCAAGGAGGGCAAGGGAAUUGGGUUCUGGACUCUCAAGGUCUUGUAAACGCCAAAGUCAUGAAAAGACUGUGAAGCAGAGAAAGGAGAAGCCUCAGCAUCCACCAGAGAGCUUGGACGAACUGGAACACCAUCGUUUAUGGUCACAGAUUUCUCUGUCUUCUAGCUCAGGCAAAGUGAGGGACCCUCCCCAAAUUAACCCUGAGCAACGUGAAAGAAAAUGGUCUGGACAGGAGAGGCCCCGGAGACCUCCCCCGCCCAAGAUCCGUGGUGAGGUCUUUCUGAGCACGGAAUCUGAUGACUGGGAGGCCAGCAGUAGCCAUCAAACUCGGAAUUGGGAAAAACAGUCCAGACACCAAAAUGGACUUGCACCGAAAUCUUCUCAAAAAGCAGGAAUUCACUGCAAGGAGGCUGUGUAUGGGAGGGAGCGUGGGCCAGGUGAGCACGGAGAGAGGAGGCACAGGCCCAGGACCCCUCCCUUCUCCGAGAGUGAAGAGCUGCUCCAACUCCAUGACACAGGAACAAAGCCACGAGCGAUGAAAGAAGCGGUCUCUACUCCAUCGCGAGUGAGCCACCGGGGCCAGGAAUGGUACGAUGCUGAAAUUGCCAGAAAGCUGCAGGAAGAAGAAAUUUUGGCAACCCAGGUGGACAUGAGAGCAGCUCAAGUAGCCCAGGAUGAGGAAAUUGCUAGACUUCUAAUGGCUGAAGAAAAGAAAGCUUACAAGAAAGCCAAGGAGCGAGAGAAGUCAUCAUUGGACAAAAGAAAACAUGACCCUGAUGGGAAGCCCAAAACUUCUAAAUCAGCACACUCAAAGUCAAAAGACAGCGAUGAGGCUCACCGAUCUAAGAAUGACAGACCAGCACGGCCGCCACCACCUGCCGUGACAGAAGCUGAGGAUUUGGGUUACACUUAUUUUACUAACCAGCAUAAUUCCACACGUCAUUUCUCAAAACCAGAAUCCUCUCAUAAAGGUUUCCAUUAUAAGCAGUAGAAACCUAGGACUCUGCCUUGAAAACGGACUCACUGUUGCAAAUGUUACUGGAUGAUACAGAAUGCAUUCCAUGCUUAUUUUUUCCUCCCAUGUUUGUAUUCCUGGGAUUUAUCCUCAAGUGUUUUUCUGACCAUAAAUAAUUUUAAUGCAUUUAAAAUGUUUUUGUUAUUUCUGAUCAUUUGGGCAGUACAAGAAAAAUCAAGCUUCUGAAUAUUGACCACCUCUACACUGCGUAUGCUUCCUGGGAUAUACUAUCUGAGAGAUCUGUAAAAUGCCAUUUUUCUUAUGUAUGGAAUAUUGGCAUCUAGGGACUAAGCUUUAUUUAGGAGUUAGAAUUUAGUAAAGAUAAUGAUAAAGGUAAAAUAUGUUUGGAUGAAAUGCCUAAUAAAAAUAUAGGAAAUAGUUUUUGGGAGUGCAUUAGUGUAUGAUAUAUUGAAAGACAGAGACUUUUGUUUUUUGUACUGUUCAAGAAAAGAAAAAUACCACAACCAUAAAGUAUUUUUAAAAACACCUGGAACAGUUGAAAUAUGUUACUCUGACUACCAGGACUUUAGAGGUUUUGCAUAUCCUCACACAUCCUCUAGGGAAAAUUGGCCUAGAUAUUCUUCUCUAACAUUUUCUUGCUAUUGCUUCCUCAGUAGCAAGGCUUCUGAAGACUCUGGGUAUUGCUCAUUUAUUAGUAUUUAUUGGGGGAAAAAAACUAUUAUAUCUUAACUCAGGUCUGUGUGAAGUCAAUUAAAAAUGAAAAUGUUCUAUUCCUUCUCUUAUUUUACACUUAAUUACACAGCCAAGGCAAAUGGAAUUGGGGAGGUGUGUCCAUAAGUGAUGAUCUCAUCAUUCUCUCUGGCCAUAGAUUGAAGUUUUCCUCUUACUUAAAAAACGUAACAGUAUUUGUUGGCAACCUCUCACAAAUGUUUCAUGUAUGUCCCAAUAAUUAGAUUAAUUCAACAUGAAGUUGAGAAAGUGCUUCUUUAUGCAUGUAUUUGAUUCUACACAUUCAUUAAUGAUACUUGAUCAUCAGAUCCUUUAUACAAGACCUUCAAACUCCUCUUCAAGGAAUCUAGGCUUUGUCUAGCUUAUAACCUUAUGGAAAUGCUUCUUUUCCUAUACUAGUUAGUAAACACAAAUUUCAUUCAUGCUGUGUAUAUACACACACACAAACACACACACAUAUAUGUAUGUGUAUAUAUACAUAUGUAUAAUACAUAUAUAUAUAUAUAUAUAGUCCCUUCACAGCUUCACUGCCUAUUAUUGUUCAUUGUAUGGUAUUUGUUUAGGAAUGAAAUGUAUAGGCAACUAGAGAAAAAAGCUCUUAAUCCAUUCUUUUCCCAUUGGGAAAUGCCUUCAAUUUGCCUUAUCUUUCCAGAUAUUUAGAGUCAGGCAAUAUUCAGGAAGCGAUUAAGAGUAGUUUUGAGAGUAGAUUUUGGUCUUUCAUUUUCGGAAGGGUCUUUAUUUUCAUAAAGUUUUUGGAUUAUAUGAAUUAGGGUCAAAGGUAUCUAAGAGUUAAGUUUUAGGAAAAUGAUAAAGAAACAAAACCCUAAGGAGGGUAGUCAUUUCAGAGAAACGAGGAAAGGGAAAAUAACAGGACUUUGAAUGGCCGUGAUGAAAUGAAUGAAGAACAGUCUUCAUUUAGUCAGGGGCCAACAAAAUUGAUCGUGGCUUUAAGUCAAAUUGCAGAGACGGUGGUUUCAAUAUCCAAAGCUUAGGCCUGUUGACUUACAGUAAUGUCAUAUAUUUCUUUGUCUGCCCUGUGAUUUUGCUUUUUAUUUUUUAAAAGUUUUUAUGGUAGCUUUAAAGAAAAAAAAAAGUAUUUUUAUUUGAUAAUAAGGCAAAUGGGCAAUAUCAUUUGCCAUAUUUUUAUUUUAUAAAUGUUUAUUUUUAUAUCUCAUGCAUUGAUCAAUUUUACUUUUAAAAUUCUGCAUUUCUCUUGCCUCUCAUGUACUUUAUCCAAUUGUAUUUAUUAUUGUAAAAUGCUCACUGGAUAUAUUUCAUUCCAAAAUGUCAGGCCACUUAAGCAGGAUGUUAGUGUUUUAACUGUCAUAGUGAGUGACCAAAGGUGAAUUUUCCCUUGUGACACUGAAUUCAACAUCUCUGUUGAAAAUUUGAUUUUUUUUUUUUUAGGUUUUUAAAAUAUUAGUUUUUUAACUUAAUUUUUUGUAAAGCACUCUUUAAAGAGUAUCAGAGUAAUUCUUUCCCUGUGAAUAAGGAGACAGAAAUCAAAGUCAACCAGUUAAAUCCUCUUAUUCCCAUUUAAGUAAUGCAAUUAUCUUUGAGAGUACAGAAGCAACUAACAAGAGUAUUUUAAAAAACUGCCAAACAUUCUUCACUGUGUCCUCUGCUUUUCACUUUGUCAUUUUUAUGUAAGUGCGAGAGCCUUUAUUUUAUUCCUGUUCCUACUGUUGGAACACACACACUUUAAUUUUUAGGCCCACAAUGCAUUAUGCUUUAAUGUUGUGAUAUAAACUGAUACUUCUGGCCUUGGAAAAUCUUUCUGUUUCUAUACCUCUGUUCUCUGCAGGCCAGGCUCUGUUAACCAGUAUUGCUAAAUGAGCACAAUAUGUUAAGGAGCCUUAUAGUAGACAUAUACAGCCCCUUCCCCAGCCUCAGUUUGUGUGAGUCCUUGCCUGGAAGCUAGGUGAGAGAUGGGUAACCUAAAUGUUCUGAGUUGAAAAAAAAAGUUUGGCUCUGUGUCAAACCUUUAUCAGCCAGAUUGUUUUACUGAGAGACGAGACAGUUGCUAUGCAUGCUUUAAAAGAACGUUGAGACUUUUAGAAAGUGACUGUGUACCAUUGAAUUACUAUUUCUCAAAUGUCUUUACAAUAACCAGCAACAGUCUAAUGAACUGCAAGAAAAUAAUAUAUGGCUUUUGAUUAUAGAGAAACAUCUAAAUUAGAAAAGAAAGAUAAGGAGAGAUGCUCCCAGGAGGAAAACCUUUUCAGAAUGGCAGUGGCCACUUGGAUCUACAUCAACAUAUUCCAAAAUGUGUGACCUUUGGCCUGGUGUUCCACUGAACUCACAAAAUCACAGACUGGUUCCGUUUCCUCCUUUUCUUCUCUGCUGUGGCCUGCAGCCACAAUUGUGUGAUGAGUAAAUUCAUUGCUGACUUUGACCAUACCUGUUCCUCAAUAUCAGGACUUUUUUGGUAUGAAAAUAAUUAACUUUUAACUGAUAAUUAUUUUUCUUUAAGACUGUCAAAUACUCUCUAAAUUCGUCUUGUGCCAAAUUGUUCUUUGAAACAUCUAUUAUAAUAUGGUGCAUUCAGUUUACCACGUAAGUGGUUAACCUUUUAGAGCCUUGAUUUUUAAUGAGUGUUACCUUUGUAUAAAAAUCACUUUGGGAAUACGAAGGUUAUUCAUUUAUUCAGCGAAGAUUUUCUUAAAAGGUAACUGUGGUGAUUGGCUGUAAAAUUUUCAGCCAAAUGGUGGAACAAGACACCUGAGUAAUCAGCUUUCUGAAGGACUGAGAGCAGAAUAGAACUUGCACUCAAAGGUUUUGUUCUUUUUUUCCCUUUUGGGAAAACAGUGUUUGUGUAGGGAAUGUUAAUGUGGGAAAGGAACACUGAUUGGGUAGAUUUCACUGUACAUAGUGUGCCAUACUCUGAUAACAUUGGUAUUUUAGGAAGAAUCAUAAAAAAAUAAAAAUGUGUUUAUUCAACAAAAAGGUAAAAACAGAUUUUUAAAGUCCUUUGUUCAUUACUUACUGCUCAUUGUCAGAGAAGUGACUAGAUAAAAUGGUCCCAUUUUUCUCUCACAUCUGGUGGUGCCUGUGAGUCGUAAAGCCAUAACUGCUUAUCUUCCUAUUGCUAGCAUCCCUUUUCCCUUUGGCCCGUAGGAGGUACUAUGGGCAGGGAGAAGCAGACUGGGGACUGUCCUAAUAAUGCUGCAAGGGCACAAAGUCAUCCAAAUUCCUGGGGAAGAAUCUUUUAUCCUGAUGAUAUAUAAGAUCAUUAAAGGGUGUUGCUCCUGUCAUUUAACUGUUGUUGGAAGUGCUGAUAUUUCAUUCUGGAGAAAUCAAGAAGGAAGUGGUAAACUGGGAAAAUCUCCCUUCUACAGAGUCACUUUUCUGAUGAGACCUGCACUUUAUGUCAGCGAUGUCUCAGGAGCAGUAUUGCCUUAAUUAGUGUGAUUCCAACCGAGGUCAGUGUAUUGUACUUCUUAUAUGUAAAUGACUGUCAACUCUCCAUUAUCGCCCAACAUCCUUGCCACCAGGAGGUUUGGACCUCGUUCCAGUGAGCUGUGGGUAACCAAUACACCAGCACAUACACCAUUUCAUUUCAGGUUUGCCUCUCUAUCUGUGGGUGAGCAGUGGCAUGACCAAAAAUGCUGGUAGGAGGGGGAAAACUUCCUGGCCAAAUUCUUCAGGUGAUCACCUCCUGGAUAAUUGAGAGUUGACUGUCUUUUUCCAUUAUGACUAUGUAGAAGAUAUUUCCAAAGGUUCUAUUAUGCAUUGAAGUCAACUCAUUAUUGUUUUGUAAGGAUUUCAUCCGUGCUCUUAGUAUGGAAGUGCACAGCAUUAACAACAGAAAGAGAAAACCAAACAAAAUAGAGACCUUUACUUGAAAUUGGAGAUUUGUUGGUGUGAAGAGUCUUUCUGGUUUAUUAUUUUUAACAGAAAAUUAACCAGGAAACUUGCUGUGGUAGGGAAGAUACCAGACUGUUUACUUAAAAGGUUGUAGUUGGUGCCACAAACUAACAACCAUCUAAGGAAUCAUGUUGAUUUGUGGAAAUAUCUGGACCUAAAAACCACUCUUUCCCCUAUAUGUUUGUACAAAUUGCCUAGAAACAUGUUCCAAAUAAAGUUAAUAUACAUUUGUGUAUUUUCAGCAAAUGAGAAAAUGUUUUUUCUCCUUUUGAGUAACUCUUCAUAGCAUAGGGAGCCAGCACUAUGCUGGUUUCAGCAUUUCAGAUAAGGACAGAAUUAAUUGUAUAACUCAGUGCCCCAUUAUUUAUUGCUGAGGUUCAUGUGUAAAGAAUAGAAGAAUUAAAAGACAGGGUUUGAGGGACAUUUCCUUCACAAAGAGCAAGGAUUAUGAACAGCUAAGACAGCUAGGAGAAUUUCCUGUUACACAUUAUAUACUUAGGGUAUGUUUUUGUUGCACUGAAUUUCAGACCGUCAUUGCUAAAAUAGCAUCUAGCUGUUAAAUUUAGGGAGAGGGUUUUUGCUGUUAGAAUAUCUUAAAAAUUUCUGGUUGAAUUAGUUUUUGAAAUCCCUGCAGGUUAUAACUUCAACUCUUGCUAUAACCUGAAAGCCCAAUGCCCUUUCUCAGAAAUAGCUGUAUUUUUUACCUGCCUCUUAAAGGCAACCCAGUAUUUAUUUCAUGAAGUAUUGUAUAUAAUGAGAUAUAGUGGGCAGAUAGCAUAUAAAAAAUGAUCCAAAAUGAGAAUUCUCUGAAAUGGUGUUUUCCUUAAGAAGAAUCUAUCCCAGCACAAUAUUAUAUUUUGAAAGGUGCUGAAUUACAAAGUACAAGAGUUUGCUUGUAUAAAUCAAGUUGCUCAGGAAAUUUGAGGUGGUGCUGUCAUUUGUCUUACAAUCUGGGAAAGUACUCUUUUGAGAGAGAUACUACAUGGUACCCAGACAGUUUCAGAUUCUUUGGUAAGAAGCCUUUUGACAUUUGCAAUGUGGAUAUAUUUAAAAAACAGGUGAGGCAUUAUCCUAAGUGCACAUCGAUUUCUAGCCAAGCCCCAGAGCGAAAGGCAGCUUUGAAGUAGUUACUUCAUAAAGCUGAACAGAACCUUAAUGGAAUACACAGUUGCCUGUCAGAGGACAGAAAACAGAGACCACCUCAGACCACAUGCCUAUCUAGAGAUUAAGUGAAACUGUGAGGGACACUUUGUGGAUGCCUUAAAGGUGAAUGACAGUGGGGACUGGUGGGUAUGUAUGCACCCAUCUGGAUAAGCUGAUGGAGACAGUCUAUUUUAAUUCACCAUACAGCACACAUUGUUCCUGCUCAUGACCUCAUUGAGGAAAAUAAGAAACAUGGUGCUGGUGACUCUCAUGUGUCCUGGGAGGUGGAGGUGGCAGUGUCAUUUGGACUCUCCAGUGCUCAAGCCUCCCUUAAAUGCCACUUACACAUCUACAUUAAUUCAUCUAUGCAAGCUUGUGUUUUACGGUUUGUUUUUUACACCUGUGUUCCAUUUGAUUCUUUAAACAUCAGGAUUAACGUUGAUAUUAUGAAUAAUUUUUAAACCAAAGUAUUGUAUAAGUUUGUGUGCUUGUUUUCCUGACUGGUCUGAGGCAAACACCAAUAUUGUCCUUUUCUCGUAAUA